AUGCCGUGCCUGAGGGCCUUCAGCCCUACUGGUGAAGGAGUCUUCAAAUGCCCUGAGGACCAACUUCCUUUGGAUUAUGCCAAGAUCUACCCAGACCCGGAGCUGGAGGUGCAGGUGUUGGGGCUGCCUAUCCGCUGCAUCCACAGUGAGGAGGGCUGCCGCUGGAGUGGGCCGCUGCGCCACCUACAGAGCCACCUGAACACCUGCAGCUUCAAUGUAAUCCCCUGCCCCAAUCGCUGCCCCACCAAGCUGAGCCGCCGGGACCUGCCUGCACACUUGCAGCACGACUGCCCCAAGCGGCGCCUCAAGUGCGAGUUUUGUGGCUGCGACUUCAGCGGGGAGGCCUUUGAGAGCCACGAGGGCGUAUGCCCCCAAGAGAGCGUGUACUGCGAGAACAAGUGUGGUGCCCGCAUGAUGCGGCGCCUGCUGGCCCAGCAUGCCUCCUCUGAGUGCCCCAAGCGUACCCAGCCUUGCACCUACUGCGCCAAGGAGUUCGUCUUUGACACCAUCCAGAGCCACCAGUACCAGUGCCCGAGGUUGCCCGUGCCCUGCCCCAACCAGUGUGGCGUGGGCACGGUGGCUCGGGAGGACCUGCCGGGCCACCUGAAGGAGAGCUGUAGCACCGCCCUGGUGCUGUGUCCGUUCAAAGACUCCGGCUGCAAACACAGGUGCCCCAAGCUGGCGAUGGCCCGGCAUGUGGAGGAGAGCGUGAAGCCGCACCUGGCCAUGAUGUGCGCCCUGGUGAGCCGGCAGCGGCAGGAGCUGCAGGAGCUGCGGCGAGAGCUGGAGGAGCUGUCGGUGGGCAGUGACGGCGUGCUCAUCUGGAAGAUCGGCAGCUAUGGACGGCGGCUUCAGGAGGCCAAGGCUAAGCCCAACCUGGAGUGCUUCAGCCCGGCCUUCUACACACACAAGUAUGGCUACAAGUUGCAGGUGUCUGCGUUCCUCAAUGGCAAUGGCAGCGGUGAGGGCACGCACCUCUCGCUCUACAUUCGCGUGCUGCCGGGUGCCUUUGACAAUCUCCUGGAGUGGCCGUUUGCCCGCCGCGUCACCUUCUCCCUGCUGGAUCAGAGCGACCCCGGGCUGGCUAAGCCACAGCAUGUCACUGAGACCUUUCACCCUGACCCAAACUGGAAGAAUUUCCAAAAACCGGGCACUUGGCGGGGCUCCCUGGAUGAGAGUUCUCUGGGCUUUGGUUACCCCAAGUUCAUCUCCCACCAGGAUAUCCGCAAGCGAAACUACGUGCGGGAUGAUGCGGUCUUCAUCCGUGCCUCUGUUGAAUUGCCCCGAAAGAUCCUCAGCUGA